GUGGGCAUCUUCUCGAAUGAUGAUGGGGGGGGUGCGCGCGCGCGCCGCCUCCCCUCGACCGCCCGCUUCCGUCAGGCAGACCACUCGCGGCAUCGCCCCAUGGCGCCCCAGUGGACUCAGACGCGGGCGGCCCAUAGCGGCCCAAGCGUCAGCGCAUACAACCCGAUCCCCGCCAAUGCAGAGCGGAGCCGUGAUAAUGCAGGGCAGUCCGAGAAAAUGGGAGUGAAGGGGCUGAUCGGCACGCAGCAGAAGUCGUCGAAUGGAGAGAUAAUGCAUAUGCAGAGGCACUGGAGUGCGGACUGGGGGUGGAAGUGGGGAGACAUGAAGAAGAAGUCGUGCGGGUUGACCGGGUGGGUUCGGAAGCGCCUGUUCGGCAAGAAAGACCGCGAAGGUUUCUUCUAUGUCCCGAAGAAGCUCCAGGGCCGGGUGCGGCGGGUUUCGAUGAGAAUGGCGCCGAUGUUGCUCUACCUCCUGCUCGACUAUAUCGUGAUCCUAGAGAAGUGGGAGCCAGAUGUGAAGUGGUGUGGAGUACAGCAGAGUGCAUGGAGGAACCAGGCGCACUCGCAGAAGAAGGUGGGAUGCGGGAUCCUGAUGGAGCACGUAGCGAAGCUGAACGAGGUGAGUGUGAGACCGAGUACACUGAACAGGGAGGCGACGGUGCUCCAGCGGGGGUGGCGGUGCAGUGAGUUCGUGACACAGCUCGAAAAGGAGAUGCAACGGGCGGACGAGCAGGUGAUGAAGGUGAGUGGCAGCAAGAAGAUGGACGGGGACAACCAGGGAGGAGCUGAGAAGCUGAUCGGGACGUUAUGUGCGACGUCCCCAUUGCACACGGAGGACCACAGGAUCAAAAGCGAGAAGGCCACGAAGUUGACGAAGGAGCGGCGGGCGGUGCGAGAGAAGUUCAGAGAGCUGCAGUUCGGCGGGGGCUGCGGCGUGAUGGAGGAGGCGGAGGGCGGCACUGACCUGUACACGAGGGAGCUGGAGCUGGAGAAGGUGAGCAAGUGGCACAGUAUCUUGACAACUUCGAGAUUGAGCGCGAGAUCGUGGACCUUCGCAGCGAGGAAGUGGCUCGUCGCAGAAGACUCGGGCGAUACUCAGACGCCGCCGCAGCACAUGCAGAAGAAGGACAUGGAGGAGGGCGUGGCUCUGAAGCGGCUGGUACACCAACUGAAGAAGUAUCGAGGAGUGUGCCAAAGGCCGAUGGCGAUGAGGCACGCCGAGGAAGUGGAGGGCUGGGCAGAGGAGUUCACACGCUCCCCGACGUACGAAGUUGGCACCGUAUGGAUCACGGUUGAAAUGAUCGGCAACGUUCUGGUGGCCCACAAGGAGGAGGCGGAAAAGCAGCUGGACAAGCAGCAGGCAGAGGCGGAGGCGAGCGGUGACCGACGAAGUGAGUUGCUGGCAGCAGUCCAUCGAGACGCCCAGCGAGAAGAUGAAGGCCGUGAGCGUGAAGCUGGUGAUGUACCAGAUCAGGCGCGGUGGGGGCGCCGCGGCGGAGGUGGGACGCGCGCUUCGGGGCGCCCUCGCGCGCCGCAUGAAGUAGUGAGUGGGGGGAGCCGAGGUAGGUGGGCUAAUGAAUGACGGGGCUUGGGGUAAACGGCCCUGGCCCGUUCGGGCACGCGGCGGUUUUUUCGUCUUCUUCCGCUCGUUCCUUGUCGGUCGCUUCGCCCCCUCUCCCUCGCCGCGUGCGUCCGUCGCCGUCGCCUCCCGCGUUCGUUCGCGGUCCGACGGUGCCGUGUCUUGCGUUUUUAUGGUGCCGAUUGUAGGCUUGCCCCGAGCUAAGAGGGUCUAAGGAUUUGGCCGCUCGAAGGGGGG